UUGAUUUAAAUUUUCAAAAAAGAAUGGAAGAAAUCCAGGCAAGAAUUAACUACUAUUGUAGAGAAGGCCUCUGGAACUCUAUUGUCAAUCUUUGCGACUAUGAAAUGAAGAAAGGAGUGGAUCCCAUCCUCACCUUCUGGAAAGGAUUCGGUAUUUUCAAGCUAGGCAGCGCAACAGAAGCUAUAAGAGAGAUUGAAAUGAUUCAGUCAAGGAGAGAGAUCUCAUAUGCAGCCACUACAGCUCUGAUUUAUUACCACGAACACUGUAGAAUUGUUGACAGAGAAGCAGUUGAGCAACUUCAGUUUUCUCAAGAGAGUGCACAGAGUACAGCCAGUGACCGGGAUCUUUUGAAUGCAGCUUUGUUCUAUCUGCAUAUCAAUGAACUUAAAAGAGCAUCCCAGACAGUUAUGAAUGUCAUUGAGAGCAACUCUUCAAAUCUAAACGCUAUUGCAAUUAAGGGAUGGAUCUAUUUGGCUGCUCCUAAACCUGAAUAUAUUGAGAAAGGACUUCAAAUUUUCGAUUCCGUCCUUAACGAAAGUGAAGGAGGAAACUCAAAGCAUCUAGAAGCCUUACUUGGUCGUUCCGCUUAUUAUGAAAUGAACAAAAGCUAUAGUGUGGCAAUUGAGGUAAUCACUGAAGUGACAAUUUCUUACAAAGAUUUUAUCCCAGGAAAUAUCAUUAAAGCUAAGCUACAUAUCAUCAAUGCUGAGUGGGAUCUUGUGAUUGAGACAGUCCAGAAAGCCCUUGACGAGGAUCCAUUCAAUAUCGAGGCUAUUAGAAUUUAUAUUUUCUACUAUCUCUCAAGAGAAAAAGAUCAUGAGCUGCUCAUGGAGAAAUUUGAAGAACUCACCAAUGCAUUUGAGGAACAAGAAUCCAGAAAUGCAGAAGCUUUUUACAGCUACUCGAAACUAUUUGCAAGGAUUUGUUCCAGAGAUGUGGAUGUGCUUAAGAGAUGUCUGGAGUAUAUUGAAAAAGCAUGCUCUCUUAGGCCAGAAAAUUGAACAUACACCUGAGAACUUGCUUACCAACGAUGCCUUGUUGAUGAUUACAAUGAUGGCUUCUUAACAUACCAAAAGGCUGCAACUUAUGACGAGACUAACAUGGAGCCACUUUAUGGAAUGAUUUAUUGUAGAAUUCUUCAAGGUAAAAUUGAAGAUGCUCAACAACAGAUUGAGUUGGUGAAUGAAAUUUCGGAAGGGCAAGAAAAGACAGCUCAACAUUUCUUUUUAGAAGGAAUGAUAUCAUAUAGGAAGCAGCAACCAAAGAAUGUAACGGUUAAAAUUCUUGAUCAAUGAUUAAACCAUCAUAUCACCAAAACUAAAGGAGUUCCACCAGGAUUCACAUUCUAUACACAGCUUAAUCCAGAUUUUCUUUUGGAAUUAGCUAAAGAAUAUUUAAAGCAUGGAGGGGUGAAACCAAUAUCUAAAUCAGAAGAAAUACCAAGAUAUAUGAAUAAAGCAACUAAACUUUUAGAAAAUAUUAUCAGACAAUACCCUGUCAACAGUGAAGCCAACAUCAUUCUUGCCAAAGCCAAGUGGCUCAUUAACGAAACCAAUUUAGCUCUCAAGAUUUUGCACGACUGCCUCAAGAAUGACUCGAACUUGGUAGAAGCCCAUGUGCUGACUUCGAUCAUCAACAUGGAGUCUGGAGACAUCCAGGCAGCAAACAAUGCUUUGCAACAAGCGUUCUCACAAGACUUCUCGAUCAGAACAAAUCCAGUGUUUCUGUUGAUCAAAGCUCAAGUCGAAAAGAAAAUGGGUAACUUCACAGAGUCUCUGAAGUCGCUUGAGACUGCGUACGACCUUCCUGGAGUCAAAGAUAGAAACGCCAAAGGCAAAGAGCUUGGAUCCAAAAGGUAUAAUCUUCCGUUCGGAAUGGAAGAGAGGGCCAAAAUAUUUAUUCUCCUCAUAGAGGUCAAAGCAGAACUUGCGGACUUUGCAGGCGCGAAGAAGGUACUCCAGAAAGCAGUUGCUGAGUUCUCUAAGACAUCUGAAGAAGUUCAUGUCAUUAUUGGUCAAAGCAACCUAUUCGUUAAAAUGGGAGACAUCAAAAAGGCUUUGAAUUUGUUAAAAUAAGAUUACUCCUGAAAACCCAAACUUUGUGGAGGCCAAGAAGAAAGCAGCUGAAAUUUAUCUUGGUCAACUCGGAGACAGAAAGAACUACAAAAGAUGAUACAUGGAAAUCAUUGAUGCUGACAGCACAGAAGCAAACUUCAGAAUGGUUGGAGAUGCCUUCAUGGACAUUCAAGAACCUGAAGAAGCCGUUGUUUAUUAUGAGAAAGCGCUUCAGGUUAGUGGAGACGACAUCUCGCUUGUCAGAGAAAUUGGUAAAGCCCAUGUUGUAACUCACGACUACAACCGAGCAAUCAGAUACUAUGAAACUGCUCUAAGCAAUGAUUCUAAACUCCUGGAUUUGUCCACUGACUUGGCCGAGUUGUACUUCAAACUUAAAGCAUUUGAUGAAGCCAAGCGAGUCAUCAUUGAAGCAAUGAAGGCUCUCAACGCAAUGGACGAUCCUGACAUGACAAACCCUAAGCGAGUCCAGUACACACUGUUGAUGGCCAAAAUAUUUUUGGAAGAAGAUGUCCAGAGUGGAGAGUGGCGUUUCAAGCCUAAUGAAGAUGCAUCCAAAGCACUUUAUGAUGCACUUGCUGUACAAGAAGCUGUGUUCGAUAGAGUCAGAGAAGUCUCCAUUGAUAGAGUCGACGAAGAACGCAGAAUCACUGCAGAAAUCAACUUCAAGCUUGCGAAGUAUCUUGAAGAGCGCGAAGGAGACUACGAUGGGGCUAUCAGAGCUCUCGAAAGCUGUGUCAAGCGAGAUGAAGGACACCGCAAAGCACUCUUCGGUCUGGCCAGACUCCACCUGUCUCAGAACGAUCCUGACAAGUGUGUGUACUACUGCAGACAAGUCCUGAAGCUCGACGCCUCAGACGAAGAAACUUCUUUUAUGAUGGCGAACCUGAUGUUGCUCAGAGGAGACACCGAAGAAGCUCUCUCGACAUUCAAGAACUUGCUUGACGAGAAACCUGACAACUUCAGAGCGCUGUCGCAGCUCGUUCAGUUGUUCAGGAGAGCUGGCAAGAUUGAAGAAGCAAUGCAUUACAUCGAGAAAGCAGAGAGCAACGCUAUCAGGUCAAACGAAGCUGGUCUUGCAUAUGCUAAAGGACUCUACUACAGGUUUACUUCUGAACCACAGAAAGCUUUGAAAGCACUUAACAGAGCACGGUUCGAUAGUUUCUAUGGUGAAGACGCAUUGGUCCUCAUGAUCAAGAUCUACCUGAACCCACAUGAUGAAAUCAUUUACUCUUGCAAAGACAAAGAAGCCGUUUUCAAAACUAGUUCAGACAACAUGAAAGCUGCAGAUGUCCUUGUCAAAGAACUUGCAAUGAAGGAGUACGACACAACCAUUCUCGAGUGUUAUGCCAUGAUCCACACUCACAGAAAAGAAUACAUCACAAAGGCAAGCAAGAUGCUCGAGGACUUGCUCAGAGGCAACUCAGACUACGUGCCGGCCAUCCUGUGUUUGGCUUCGGCUAAGCUCUUGUCGAAGAAAGCCUCUGACGCUAAGAACUUGCUAGAGAAGCUGACUGCUCUGAACUACAUGCCAGAGUUCGCUGACGAGUUCGAGACUGGGUGGCUUUUGCUCUCCGACUACUACAUUGCCAACAGUAAAAUGAGCGACGCUGAGAACUUGCUCGUGAAGUGCCUGAGACUGAACAUGAGUUUGGUCAAAGCAGAAGAACUCAUGGGCGUCAUCAGAGAAAAAGAAGGAAACUACUCACAAGCUGCCAAGCACUACCAAGUUGCCUGGAAAAUGAGUUCGAACAGAAACGCUUCGGUUGGCUUCAGACUCGCCUACAACUACUUGAAAACGAAGAGGUUUGUGAGAUGUGUCGAUGUGUGCAAAGAAGUGUUGAAGAACUACCCUGAGUAUGGAACUAUCAAGAAAGAUAUUUUGGAAAAAGCUCAGAAGAUGAUCAGAUCAAACAAAUAAUCAAGUUCAAUUAAGUUUUCA